ACCAGUAUCAACUUCCAGACUUUGCUUGAAUUUCCGCAACUUUUCUUCAUCGAUACUAAUCCAUCACCAUCAUCCGCCAUGGCAGACUGGAGUUUCUACGACUAUACUCCCAGCAAGGUGGGAGCCAUCAUCGCUAUUAUUUGUUUUGGCUUUAGUGCUGGCUAUCACGUAUUCCAACUUAUCAAGCUUAAGUCAUUCUUCUUCUCGACGUUCAUCGUUGGCGCUAUAAUGAUGACACUCGGUUACAUCUUUCGUGCAGUAUCAUCCGGCGAUACAACGGCAAUUGGCCCCUACAUCGCACAAAACGUCUGCAUUCUACUCCCACCCUCCCUCUACGGCGCGACGAUCUAUAUGAUAUACGGACACAUCGUCUUGUUCGCCGGAGCCUCACAUCUAUCUAUCAUAUCUCCACAGAAAGUAACGAAGAUCUUCGUCAUUGGAGAUGUGAUCGCGUUUCUCACUCAAGCUAGUGUUGGUGGUAUGAUGGCAGUUUCUUCGAUGUCCAAAAUUGGACAAGUCAUUGCCAUCCUGGGUCUGUUUGUUCAGCUCAUAUUCUUCGGAGGAUUCUUGACGAUAUCGUUGAUUUUUGGAAAGCGGUUGAAGCAAACGAAGCGAUCACUACUUCGACUGCAAUAUGGACCAUUGUUGUAUGUUCUGUUCGGCGUGUCAGGAUUGAUCAUCAUCCGUUGCAUUUAUCGCGUGAUUGAGUUCUGCCAAGGAAAUGAUGGUUAUCUCAUGGGCCACGAGGCAUUUUUGUACAUUUUCGAUACUAUUCCUAUGAUUGUGGUGCAGGUUAUCUUUCACUUUUAUCACUCGAUCUUUGAGAUGGUCUUUAUGUAG